AUGGCGGUGAAGCAGCAAACCCCUUACCUGCACUUGGCUGAGCUCACAGCAUCCCAGUUCCUGGACAUCUGGAAACAUUACGAUUCUGAUGGAAAUGGCUACAUUGAAGGCAAGGAACUGGAAAACUUCUUCCAGGAGCUAGAAAGUGCUAGAAAGGGCGCUGGAGUGGACUCUAAGAACGGCAACUUUGCAGAGAAGAUGAAGGAGUUCAUGCAGAAGUAUGACAAGAAUGCAGAUGGCAGAAUUGAAAUGGCAGAGCUGGCUCAGAUCCUGCCCACAGAGGAGAACUUCCUGUUGUGUUUCAGACAGCAUGUUGGAUCCAGCUCUGAAUUCAUGGAGGCCUGGCGGAAAUAUGACACAGACCGCAGUGGGUAUAUAGAAGCCAAUGAACUCAAGGGGUUCCUGUCAGACCUGUUAAAGAAAGCGAACAAGCCCUACGAUGAGCCAAAGCUGCAAGAAUAUACACAGACCAUACUGCGCAUGUUCGAUAUGAAUGGGGACGGGAAGCUGGGCCUGUCGGAGAUGUCCCGACUCUUACCUGUGCAGGAGAACUUCCUACUUAAAUUUCAGGGAAUGAAACUAGCCACCGAGGAAUUCAAUGCUAUCUUUGCAUUUUAUGACAAGGAUGGGAGCGGCUUCAUUGAUGAGAAUGAGCUGGAUGCCCUUUUGAAAGACCUCUAUGAGAAGAACAAGAAGGAAAUGAACAUCCAGCAGCUCACCAACUACAGAAAGAGCAUCAUGAACCUCUCCGAUGGGGGGAAGCUAUACCGCAAGGAACUGGAAAUUGUACUCUGCAAUGAGCCGCCCCUGUAA